GUAGCUUCUUGGAGAGAAAAAAUACGUAUGCAAAGUUUCAGUCUCGUGAAAAGCUCUAUAAACUACACCAACGGAAGCUGAGAAAAGUGUAAAUUAGUGUAAAUUUAAAUAAGAAUUCUCGUAUAAAUAUUCAAAAGCAAUCCCUUAAUUGCGAUAUCGCACUUGUGCUUGCGUUGAAAUGAAAAUUUUAAUGAAAUAAACGUUUUCUGUGAAUUUUAAAUCGCUUGUUAAGUAAAUUUUCAGUUUUCCAACUUCAAAAAAAUUUUAAAAUCACAUAAAUUUAAAAAAAUACAUAAGUAAAUACCAUAAACAACAACCGAAAUCCGACGUAUGUCUAUUAAAUUUGUUCACGCGGCCGAAGUAGUAGUGCGGAUUGUAUAAAAUGGCUUUUUAAUAAUGAAAAUUUACUUUCGACCAAAAUUGUUUAAUUUGAAAAUUAACGCAAAUCUUUCGGCACCGCUUUUUCGACGCCUAACAACACAUUCCCUAAUUUCCAAUUGCACCGCAAGUUAAGUAAAUCCAUUCAAAAUCAAGCCAACAAAAGCGAAAACUAUGUCCGCCGCCAAAAUGAAGACUGCACCGAGUGCGGCCACAACCGCCACCACAGACGCCAAUGAGCGUAUACGCAAGCAACAGCAACAACAACAGCAGCAAGAUGAUAAGAUUGCUAAUAACUUUGCAACGUCGUCGGCGGCGGCGGCUACAGCCACGUCUGAUGCCACAGUUGCAAGCACCUCCAACACGGCGGCAGCGGCCACCACAUUGCGCGGUGCACGCCGAAAUCACACUAGAAAAUUACGCUCUGCCAGCGGCGAUGAUAUCAAACGCCAAACAACAACAACAGCGAAACGCAAACGUCAUGUAAAUUUCAGUUCACCAAAUACCAAGUCCAAAAUACGUCUAACAACAGCCAAAACCAAGUCACAAACCAAUGCCGCGAGUGCAAAAGACACGGUUGGCAGCCAGUUGCCCACAGUGGAAACGUCCAAGUCGAUAUUGAAGGUGAAGCAUGUUACGGUGCUGAAACGUAAAGCGGGCACAAAUAAAGUCACUAAGAAACUCAAGAAAGUACCACAAGGCGCGCAAGCUGAAUACGAAGCGGCCGAGCUGUCCAAAUUGCAGCAGCAAUUUGCUACCAAACUGCCAGAGACACCAAGCGCACCCGCGUCCACACCAAAUGAGCUCUCAGUAGAACGCUCGAAUGCACCUACAACAAGCUCUAGCGAAAAUGUGCAAGGUGCCAGCAAACGCCGCAGCAGCGGCAAACGUUUGCUCAAGCGACGCCACAGUGGCGGUACGAAGCAUGUGACCGGCGUUGGCAUCGUUGAAUCGGGUUCAGUAAACGUGCCACCGGUGCGUCGCUUCAGUCCUGUACACGACAAAACGGCGCUUAAUACGCAUGCCUCCAAAGUUUAUGAUGGCGCUGAAAUGUUUGCUGACAAUAACUUGAAAUCCUACGAAACUAUACCAACUACUAGCAACAAUAUAACGGUAGCUAUGGUCAAAGAAACGCAUAAUGCCAAGCCGAAGAAUACAAACAGUGAAGAAGCGCCAGCAGCAGCAACAACAAAUGACGCAACAGCUAGUAAUACGGUUGUCACUAACGUAGCUGCUGUCGAUGUCGACAACAGUGGUGUUGUUGGUGGCGGUGGUAGUGCACCAAUAGCGGAGGAGUUGCAAAAUUCAUUGACACCGCCGUCGGUUGUGCCAAUCGCCGAACCCAUUUCUACGGCUCCCUCAACUAGUAAUAAUAAUUCGUCUAAAAAAGGGAAAAUAAACGAAGAAAGCGCAGCUAAGACUAGCACCGAAGCUGCUGCCGUUGCCGGUCCAUCAACAUCCUCCCAAACAGCCGAAGAUGAUAAAGACAAGGAGGAAGACAAAGAUGCAAAAAAGAAAAAGAAUCGUUGCGCUGAAUGCCGCAAGAAAGUUGGUCUUACAGGUUUUCAGUGCCGAUGUGGUGGACUCUACUGCGCUGUCCAUAGAUACAGCGACAAACACGACUGCACAUUUAACUAUCGGGAACAUGGGGCCCAAGAAAUUCGACGCAAUAAUCCUGUGGUAGUUGGCGAAAAAAUACAAAAAAUUUGAACUUUUGUGCCAUCAACUUUAUAAUAUAAAUAUAUAUAUAUAAAUAUAAAUAUUAAAUAUAUACAUAAAAAUUAAAUAUAAAUAAUAAUGAUAAUAUAAUUAAUAACUAUAUAUAUAAUAAUAAUUAAUAUAAACAACAACACUACAAAUGAAAUGAAAACAAAAUGCCGAAAAGAAAACAUAAAAGAACUCAGCUAAGAAAGUAUAGUUUAUAGUGCAAAGAGGAUAGCGAAAAUUAAAAAAAGCAAAGAGAAAAAGAGCUACACUUUCACACUCCAUAAAGAUACACAGGCACACGCAGAAACACACACACCUACAAACAUGUCGAAGAAAAGACUAGUACCACCACCAACACACGGGGCAAAGGCGAAACUUGCCUGCAAAAACGACAGAUAGUUGCAACGCCCGCCCCAACGGCAAUGCCAACGGCGCGCACGCCCAACGCCAAAUACGACGAAUGUAUGCUGGAACAUACUGACAAACUUGCAUAAAUAGCACCGCCAAAUGUAGUAAAUACUUGAAAGCAGGCGUCUAAUGUUUGGCCAGCAGCAGCGCGGGCGUGUGCCGCCACGUCUCUGCCAAUACACGCUCCAACCACUCAGCGCAAGGUGAAUCACCACAAGCAGCUGAGACGGCAGUGCAGUGUGGAAGCAGCGUAGCGGUUGCCUGGAGCGAACACCUCCACCUCUAUUAAUAUGACUAUAUCUCGCAGCGCUUCGGAUUCAAAGCGUGCAGUGGAGCAGCAGCACAGCGCACGAACAACUCGGCGCGCACUUCCAGCAGCCGCACACCUGAGCAGCACUGAUGAUGAUGAAGGCGUUUACGCAGAUGUAACAAAACAACUUAUUUCCAAGCACUUUCCAGGCCAGCGGCAACUCUGCAAACACACAGCACAGCAACAACACAUGGCGCAUACAUAUGUACAGACCAACAACCCAACCCCCCAUGCGACACACGAGCGAGAGCGUACACAUGUCUUCACCGAGAGCUCUAUAGGAAGCUGGUUGCUUUUUGGCUGCGUUUAGCGUUUAAGCUACUAUAUAUUUCAAAAUUCAUACAGUUAUCACAACAAAAAGAAAUUAAAAUUUACUUAGAGAACAAACAUCAACAAACACACACACACAAACUUGGCAAACCAAACAAUAAGAAAACUAUAGAACUUUAUUAAUACUAAUUUCAAUUACAGCAAAAAAAAAUAAGUAAAUACAAACGAAGCAAAUAACAAAAACAAAAUAUUAAUUAUUAUUAAUACUAUUACUAUUACAUUAUAUUAUUAUUAAUAACAACAACACAAGCGAGACAGAAAAUGAGCUAAAAACAAGUAACAAGUAAAAAAUAAGAAAAGAAAAAAAUUGCAAAAAAAAAAAUGAAAAAAAUCAUAAAAUAACAAAAAAAAGUACUUUUACCUAGUUUACUAUUAAAAAUUGCGUGCAGGAGUAAACAACAUAUUUUAAUUAAAAACUAAAAACAAAAAACUUAGUGUAUAGUGCAGUAAAAGAAACGGUAAACGAAAGGAAAAUAAGUAAAUAUUAAUAAUAAAGUUAAAAAAAAAAAACAAAAAAAAACUAUAAAUAAAUGGAAGAUCGAAGCUGAAGAAGUAAGCGUAAUCAUAAAUGAGAGUAAAUGCAAAUGGAUUAAUUUAAUUUAAUAAAAUAUACAUAUUACCUACAUAUAUAUAUAUAUAAUGAUAAUACAUAGAUGAGUGGGCGCAAGCGAUAAAAGUUAUAUUUUAACUGACUUAGCAAUAUAAGAUUAUCUACUAUCUCACCACGGUUCGUUCUAUACAAAAAAAGAAAAACACAAAAAAUCUAAAAAAAAAAAUUAAAACGUUUACUUCCUUUUGUUGAUUUUGCCCAUUACUUUUCCAGUAUGAUUUUAUUUGAGUUUACUUUUUUUUAGUUAUAUUUCUUUUACUUUAAGCGUUAUUUAGUUUCUUCCCUCAAACUAUGAUAAUAAUAUUAAUAUUAAUUACCCCUCUUGCUUGUUUCAUAUGCUGUAAAUCGAUUGGAAAACGUAACAAAGAAACAAAGCAGAAACUUAGCAAAAACACCGUAAAACUGCAAUUUUAUUGUUGAAGUAGAAGUCGAUUUUACAUUUUUAGUUAAUCUUGAAGUAACUCGUAAUUAAUUAUUAAUAAAAAAAUAUACAUUUUGAAAAAUUGCAAUUUGUUUAUCGAAUGUUGUGUCUGCCGCCGGCGCAGCGCUCUGUGACAGUGCGCCAGUGUGGUAGGCCUAGCAAAGCUAAAAACGCAAAUAUAACAAAAACAAAUAUAUGAGAUAAUCAAAAAAGCUUCAAAAAUGGUGCGCACUGACGGGGGAGUACGUGUUGCUGCAAAUUUGUUAGCCGCUUAUUGCAUUAGACUAGCAACUGUAAGCCUGAAAAGUAGCCAACAACAAUGCGAAAAAAAGAACAAUAACAAACCACACUUGUGCAUUGUCUACUUUUCGGCGCUGCACAUUUUAUGUAAUUUUCUAGCAUUAUAUAAGUAUGUAUAUGUUUUUUGGAAUCGACUCUCUCCCCCUUCACCCUAGUUGCUUAGUUUGUUUUCACAUACAUUUUUCUUCGCUUAAUUUUAGUUAAUGUAAAAUAUUUAGUGAAUUGCAGUUGACGUCAUAUAUUGUAUAUGUAGUUUUAUAAGUUGAUUAGUUGUGGUGAAGUAAUAAAUACAUAAAUAUAUUAAAAAAAAAUUAAAACCAAUUGUUUUUGUCGCCUUUAUUUCCCCUUAUGUAUGUAUGGUAUGUCUUUUGGCUUAGCGAAAAAUAAUAGCAGUGUUGCUUAGACUUAAACUAAAGACAACAACAACUUCGUACAUUGGUUAAUUGCAGUGCAGCAAUAAGUAACAGUAAAUGCAAGCUGCUGCGUAAAAGUGAAACAAUGAACUCUAUUAAUUUAAUUGUAUGAAGGCGAGAAAUAAAUGCGUAAAUUGAAAUGAAUAAAAUUUAAUUGAUAAACAACCUAACACCAAUCACUGUAAUUAUUUGAUGAUGAAUAAAUGAAUGAAAGAAUUAUAAUAAAAAUCUA